UGAGGGGGUAGAGCCAAGAUGGCGUCUUCAAUAACAACAGUAUUGCUGCUGCUUUAUUUAGCAUCAUUUUCUAUGCAAAUAAGCUCUUUCAGUCUUGUAUCUGAGCCCUGUUAUAAACCUGUCAGAGACGAAAGACCUGAUUCUGUAAGGACACAACCCCGCCCACACGAGUAUGUGAAGGUGUCAGAUCUUCCUCCGUCUUGGGACUGGAGGAACAUCGAGGGGAAGAACUAUGUGAGCGUCACACGGAACCAGCACAUCCCCCAGUACUGCGGGUCCUGCUGGGCCAUGGGAGCCACCAGUGCGCUAGCUGAUCGUAUCAAUAUAAAGCGUGGAGGAGUGUGGCCUUCAGCUUAUCUGUCAGUCCAGAACGUAAUAGACUGUGGGAGGGCAGGCUCUUGUUUCGGAGGAGAUCACUUGAGAGUCUACGCCUACGCACACCAAGAAGGAAUUCCUGAUGAAACCUGCAACAACUACCAAGCUAAAAACCAAAAGUGUGAGCAGUUCAAUCAGUGUGGCACGUGCUCCUUCUUUGAAUCAUGUGCUAUCGUUAAGAACUACACCGUGUGGAAAGUGGGCGACUAUGGAGAAGUUUCUGGAAGAGACAGGAUGAAGGCUGAGCUGUACACCAACGGGCCCAUCAGCUGUGCUCUGAUGGCCACAGACGGCCUGGAGAAAUACUCUGGAGGGAUCUUCAGAGAGUUUCACCCUCUGUCUCUGCCAAAUCACAUCGUGUCUGUGGCUGGGUGGGGUGUGAUGGAGGACGGGACUGAGUAUUGGAUCGUCAGGAACUCCUGGGGAGAGUUUUGGGGAGAACAUGGAUGGGCGAGAAUAGUCACCAGUGCAUAUAAAGGAGGGAAAGGAAACUGGUUCAACCUGGGUAUUGAGAACAACUGUGCAUAUGGAGACCCCAUUGUAACUUAAACCACAUUUAUAAGUGCUCAAAACUACUGAAAAUUUCCCAUUUUUUCUGAAUAAGCUGCAUGUGUGGACACAAACAGCCACGUUGUUCACACUGACUUUUUCCUGCCAGUCCCCGGUGUAUUUUCUGUGUUAAUUCAGGGUGAGCUGAUGGGUGAACACAGCAGGAAAUAUUCAGGAAAGGCAUUUACUGAAUGUGACCGUGAGAGUCUAGAGCACAAUUCAUUAGCAAUCAGGUAGUGAAACUUCUAUGUAUUCACCGCUCCUGUGAUGAUAUUGUGAUUGUGUCCAACUUGCACUGAUGUAAAGGUAAAAAUCUCACUACAGCAUCAUACAGUGAACUGUCUUUUUGUCCGCCACUUCUGCUUUAUUGCUGCCUCUGCCUCUAUCCAUCCUACUCCCAUCCAGCAGGGAUCUCUCCCACUGUGAGGUGCACGUGUGAAUUACCAGCUAAGCACUGUUCAUGGGUUGUCCUCCUGAAAUGCUGUCUGUAUUUUAGGAGUGUAUUUGGGAAAAAAUGCCAAAAUAAAACAAUAGAAACACUCUAGUUCUGUUCUGGCUG